AUGGCGGCGGCCGGAGCGUGCCGGAAAUGUCUCCUCAGUGGGCUGUGGCUCCUUUCCAGGCGUUAUCCCAUCCCUGCCUUCCCCAGCAGUGCCCUGUACAGGAUCAGCAGCCCUGCCCUGGGCACCUCCCAGUCCAGAUGCUACUCCUCGGGAGGAAGGAAAGGAUUCAUCUCAGGUUUUGUGGAGAACAUCAAACAGGAAUUAGCCAAAAACAAAGAGAUGAAGGAAAGCAUCAAAAAAUUCCGGGAUGAAGCAAAAAAGUUGGAGGAGUCGGAUGCACUGCGGGAAGCGAGGAGGAAAUAUAAAACCAUUGAGUCUGAAACAGUGAAGACCUCAGAAGUGAUUAAAAAGAAACUUGAAGAAAUAACAGGGACGGUUAAAGAGAGUUUGGACGAGGUCAGCAAGAGUGACCUGGGCAGGAAAAUCAAGGAGGGCGUGGAGGAGGCAGCCAAGACAGCCAAGCAAUCAGCAGAGUCAGUGACCAGGGGAGGGGAGAAGCUGGGCAGGACUGCAGCCUUCAAAGCCAUCUCCCAGGGAGUGGAAAGUGUUAAGAAGGAGAUAGAUGAGAGCGUUUUGGGACAAACGGGUCCCUACAGGCGCCCGGAGCGGCUCCGGAAACGAACGGAAUAUUCUGGAGAGAGGAUCAAGGAGCAGCGAGUGUUUGAGGCCAAUGAGGAGGCCAUGGGCAUGGUGCUGCAUAAAGACUCCAAGUGGUACCAGCAGUGGAAAGAUUUCAAGGACAACAACGUGGUUUUCAACAGGUUCUUUGAGAUGAAGAUGAAAUACGACGAGAGUGACAACGCCUUCAUCCGAGCGUCCCGCGCUGUCACCGACCGCGUCACCGACCUCAUCGGGGGUUUGUUCUCCAAGACCGAGAUGUCCGAGGUGCUGACCGAGAUCCUCAGGGUGGAUCCCUCCUUUGACAAGGAUCGUUUCCUGAAGCAGUGUGAGAGGGACAUCAUCCCCAACGUGCUGGAGGCUCUGAGCUCUGACCGCUGCCCGGACCCUCCCCGCAUGGGGGGACCUGCCCUGGCAGGGAUGAGCCCCGCGGUCUCCAUUGGCACCGGCACGUCCGAGUUCCCCGGGAUCGUCUGCCACGAGCUCCCGUAG